AAUCUUUGCGCGGUACGGUUCAUCAAGCUCAUUCGAAUCCUGAAGGCGGUCGCGAUCGCACGUGGUCCUCUCUCUCUUUGUGUUCUAUUGGGAGGUGUUUAGAAGGCCUUUCCAUGGCUCGGUUAGCAUAGUUUGGACAGGAACUGGGUUAUCUAAUUAUUUUUCUCCUCAAUUGAAUCAGGAAGCUGACGGAAACAGAAGCAGCUGGAAAAGUCUAUUGGGACUGAUGUGAACCCAAGUGUAAAAAAGUGAACAAAUGCAUAAGAAAUAAAAGAAGCGACCAACGACGGUGACGGAUUGAAACAGUCCCUAAGGUAACAAGUUGUGCAUGCGAAAGCAUCGAAGAAAGAAGAAAGAGCGCAUAAAAGUGAAAUGUGGAAACGAAUGUUACAUUAACAUACUUACGGUAUAACUACGGUAUAACUACAUAUACUAAGAGUGCCCCCUCGUAGAUGCGACUAGAAAGAUUGCAGUCGUCGGUAUUGCCGUUGUCGAUUGCGCGCUCAGUUUUUGCCCUCAGUCAGUGUGUCUCAAGAAGAAAACUUCCAACCCAAGUCGGUGCCUGCAGGAGGUGCUUUGGCGGAGUCGUAACCAACUGACGUGAGUUUUUUUUAUUAGCAACGCGGUGGCAGUUCAAGUGCUUCCAUAUAGUGAGUUCGCUCUUGUUGGGAACCUCAACGAUCCGCGCCAAGUGGCAGUCAUAGCAUCGGUUUUGGCCUGUGGAGUGGAAAACUAGUUUUUCCUAACUGCUUGCCACACUCUUGUACGCGUGCACUCACACAAAGCUGAAGAAGAAGAAAAAAAGUGCAAUUGAAAAAAAUUCCAUCCACCAGAUCUAUACGUAACAUCUAAUGCUGUAGGCCUAAGUUUGCAACAAGUCGAUUGGCGAGUGCAAUUUGUGCUUGGUGCAAUUGGUGGUUACGGGCCAUCGUCUUCUGGUGAUAGUGAGUGGGUGACCUGAAAGAAGAAAACCCGAAGGAAAAAAUGUUGGCCAGCAAUGGGAAGCUGUUUUCGUUCGAUAGGAUCGAUCCGGCCCGGAAAAAGGUCUCCAUCAAGCACACCAUACUGGAUGUGGUGAUGUUUCUGCUCACGUCAUUGUGCUACAUUAUACAGGCCAUCUAUUACACACUGUUUGGCAAACCAAAGAAAGACCUCAAUGGAGAGCUAGCUCUAGUCACUGGCGGGGGAAAUGGUCUUGGACGGCUGCUGGCGUUACGAUUAACCAAACUCGGCGCCAAGGUGAUCGUGUGGGACAUCAAUCAGGACGGCAUCGACGAAACAGUCAAAAUAGUCCAAUCCAUGGGUGGAUUCUGCAAGGGAUACAAAGUGGAUAUUUCCAACAAGGAACAGGUGUACGCAUCAGCGGAUCUGAUCCGCGAAGAAGUCGGCGAUGUAUCGCUGCUGUUCAACAACGCGGGCGUUGUCUCGGGCAGAGCACUUCUCGACACUCCCGAUCACUUGAUCGAGCGUUCCUUCAACGUAAAUAUAAUUGCACACUUUUGGACUACCAAAGCCUUCCUGCCGGCAAUGUUGGAACGUGACCAUGGCCACAUUGUGACGAUCGCUUCCCUCGCAGGUCACGUCGGAAUUUCCAAACUGGUGGACUACUGUUCGAGCAAAUUCGCUGCGGUUGGUUUCGACGAAGCUUUGAGGAUAGAGCUGGAAUGCAUGGGAGCACGGGGAAUCUUCACUACUGUGAUCUGCCCUUACUUUAUCCAGGCGACGGGAAUGUUUGACGACGUGAACUCUAGGUGGGUGCCAACGCUGGAUUCCAACGAUGUGGCCGAUCAAAUUAUCGAAGCAGUUCAAAAGAACGAAAAGUAUGCCAUUAUUCCAGGAUACCUGAGGUGUAUGUUAGCGGUUAAGUGGAUAUUUCCAUGGGGUUGCAACUCUGGUUUUCUGCGACGGCUGGUUCCCGAUGCCACACCUCAACAUGCUGCCCCCAUCCAAACUCCAAACGGCCUCAAAAUGAAUGGACACUCACACCCGCUGGCGGAAACGGCACCGGAUAACAACAACACGAAGACGUCCCCACUGUUGGUCCAUCGACUAUCCACCGGGGAAAGGGUACUGUAAUAAGCAAAAACUUAACUCCCACCGAAACACGGAUUGAUCAAGAAAUACAAACACAAACACACACACACAUACACCCACUGUACUAAUUAGAAUAUUGCGCAUCCACAGAACUGAAAGGUUUCAACACCUAAGAACCAUCAAAAGAAAGAAAGCUGACAAGUGGAAAACUGGUUUUUCUUUUCAAGGAGGUUGCUCUCGGCAGCCUAACCAUGUCCUAAAUUUGAAAAAAAAAAGUUUUAAAAAUCUCUAGCUUUAAGAAUAGUGUCGACGGAGAAAAACUGAUACAAGUAUAUGUGAUUUGCCUUGUUUUAGGAAGCGACGAAAGAAAUGUGAUUAAGACAGGCUAGGCAUUAAGGCUGGAUAAUUCCUAUUUCUGGGGAAAGUAGAUGUUAAGGUGUCCAACUAGUUCGUAGUCAAUAAGAAGAAAGACAAACAAAAUCUUUACACAAUAAAAUCUGUUCACAAUUCCUUGCCUCCCGCUAGCUGUCAAGCUUUGGACGACACAACGCACUUUAUUCGAGAAUCCUUUGGAGCCGAUACUUUCUGUUGUCUUCCCUAUAGGAAUGAAGACCAAUUCGAGAGACGUUUUCCAUGAGCGAACCGAUAUUCCACAUUCCGAAUGUUCCUUACAGAAAUCCCGCUUUGGCGCGAAAUUUAUCAAUAAAUAGGCAUUUCAGACUCGUA